AUGAGCGCCUCUCACGAUCUCGAUCCUGAUUCGCCUCAGCAUUCACAAUCGCAGCAACACACCCUGCAUCCUCCACCAGUCGAUCCGAUGCGGUCACCUACCUCCCCCCACCCUCGGGAUUCGAUCAGCGCAAGCAGUAUACCCUCUCACAACUCGGACAUCUACAUCAACAGCUACUACUAUGGCAACGAAGACAUGUCAGAGCUCGCUGGUCCUAGCUCUGCCCCGGCUCCUCCAGCGUGGACAUCUGCGUUCGGUCAGAGCCCCCUCAAUUCACCCCAUCUCACCAACUCGAACGACCAACGCCUGUUGAGACGCCUGAGCUGGGACAGCGGUCACGAUCAUCACUCGAACAGUCAGACUGCCCACUCUCGCUCGCAUCAGCGUGAUGUAUCGCUCGCCGAUGCAGGCAUCCUCAGCGGGCCACUUCAGCUUUCACCUGAACCGACCUCGACCCAAUUUCCAUCCUCCUCUGCAGACAGAUUUCCACAGCGAAGCUCGUCUCUCCCGCUAGCCAGCCCACAUCACACCAUCCCAUUGCCGUUCUCCAGUCAAUUAAUGGAUCAAGAUCCCAGUCGCGAAUCCGACGCAACCUUCACCGCUCAAGAUCACGACAGAGCUUACCUCACUUCACCUCACGACGGCAAGCAACGACGUUCGGUGCGGUACCAAGAUGCGGAGGAGCACUACGUCCAUCGUACCGCUUCGCCAGGCGAGAUCGAAGGAGCCGAAGGCUCGGGUUUCACAUCAAGUGCAGAUGCCUAUGCCGCCUCGAAUCUGGACAAGGCUAGGUCCGGGCUCAAUCGAUUCAGCAAGUCGUUCCGCAGGAUGAGUCGUCGCGUCGUCCACCAUCGGCAGCAAGGUCACAUCCCGCUCACGGAUCAGGAUGCUCACGACAGCGACUCAUCUGGAACAGCAAAUCUGUACCAUCAACCCAGCACCGCCGACGAGAUCACUCCAGCCACACACCAAUUGCAGCUACUACGAGGCAAGAGCUUAGGCAUCUGGAGUCCCGAAAGCCGCCUCCGCAAGUCUCUAGCCGGGGUCCUCGCGAAAUGGUGGAUAGAGCCGCUCGUCUUGCUCCUCAUCCUUGCCAACACGGUGACUUUGGUAGUACAGUCAGCCAGGAGCGUUUAUUCUCAUCCACCACCCGCCCGCUACUUUGGCGACGUGACCGACUACAUCCUACUCGCCAUCUUUGCCUGCUAUACCAUUGAAAUGGUGGCCCGUAUCAUUGUGUCGGGCCUCAUCAUCAACCCGCCGCCGCUCUAUGCUGCGCCAAUCCCUGUCGCCGCAGAUGACCAUCCAGACCAGCAGGAUCUCAAAGAGGCUGUCCCCAUUCUGACAGAGCACAGACGGCAAAUGUCGAGAUCCAAUACGCUCGAGGCUUUCGGCACAUUAGGCGAUAGCCUCAAACAAAAGGCACAGAGGGUGCUCGCUGGCGAGGAAGGCUUCACCGAAUCGGCUCUUUUAUCGCGACGACCAUCGUCAGGACCCUCGCACCCCAACGACGCAUCGUACACAAAGGCGGACGCAUACGACACCUCGAUACCAGACGGACAAAUUCGACACGUGCGUCGACAGUUGAACCAGAGCGAGACGAGCGCAUUCCUGUCCGAAACCUCCGUCCCAUCCUUCUGGCAGAACGCAAAGACGCCGUUCGCUGAGGCCUUCGAGAGGCAGCGCGUGCAGGCAGUGCAUCACGCUUACUUGCGGCAUUCCUGGAAUCGUGUCGAUUCUGUUGCCGUCAUCGCCUUCUGGAUCGCAUUUGGCCUCUCGAUGGGUGGUCAAGAGUCGACCGACAACCACCACAUUUACAUCUUUCGGGCGCUAUCUGUCCUCCGCUGUGCUCGAUUGCUGACAGCAACAAGCGGUACCACCACCAUCUUGCACUCACUCAAGAUGUCUGCCUUCAUUCUACUUGCCGUCAGCUUCUUCACAGGCUUCGCAAUGCUUCUCUUUGGCAUCAUUGGCAUUCAGAGCUUCGAGGGUUCCUACCGAAGGAAUUGCGUCUGGGUCGGAGAUCUGAACAAUCAGCCAGGUAACAACAACACGCUCUCCCAGCUGUGCGGAGGCUACUUCAACACUGACGGGCAAAAGCUCGGCCACGUCCUCGUCGAUGGUAGCCCUUCCCGCUUGUCACCAAAAGGCUUCAUCUGUCCGCGCGGUCAAGUGUGCCAAGAGCAGACUACGAAUCCUCAAACCAACACUCAGUCCUUCGACAACAUCGCCACCUCGCUUCUCGAAGUCGUCAUCCUCAUCUCGUCCAACAAUUGGUCCCAGACGAUGUAUGACAUGAUCGAUGCCGACUACUAUGCGUCGGUCCUCUACUUCAUCUUCGGCAUCAUCCUCCUCAACUUCUGGCUCGCCAACUUGUUCGUCGCCGUCAUCACCAACAGCUUUGCCACCAUCACAGCACGGACCCAGCGCAGUGCCUUCGCCGACCAAAAGUUGCAAGACGAGUCGACCGAGGACGAAAAGCAAACGCAGAAAAGGGGAAGAUUCAAGAGUCUCGCCGUCGGCUUCAAGCGAGUCUGGGGCUACACGAAGUACCUGUGGAUCCUUGCGAUCAUCGCCGACAUAUCGAUUCAGGCGUCCCGGGCGAUUUAUCUUGGACCAGCAGAGCUGGAGAAGCGAUCGAGGAUCGAGCUCUACUUCACCCUCGCCUUCGAUUUUGAGAUUGUCAUGCGCUUCCUUGCAUUCGUGCUCGAUGGCGAUUGGCGUGGAUUCUUGAGGUCAAAGCAGAAUCGCGCCGAUCUCUUCUUGGCCGUGAUUACGAGCCUCAUCCAGAUCCCCGUCAUCAAGAACUCUCAGGUCUAUCCCUGGCUUACAUUCUUCCAGCUCGCCAGGUUCUAUCGAGUCAUCGCCGCCAUUCCGCGGAUGCGCGUGCUGCUGUUCCGCGCCUUCGGCUCGCUCAACAAGAUGCUCAACAUGGUGCUCUUCCUGCUCCUCAUGGUCGGUCUCGCUUCUCUGAUUGCGACACAGUUGUUUCGCGGCGACAUCCCGCAGGAGAGCGACGGGGAAUGGACGCAAAUGACGUUCAAGCAUUCGUUCAAUUCCUUCCUCGCCAUGUACCAGAUCUUCACCUCCGAGAACUGGACCAAUGUACUCUUCAGCGCCGCCUCAAACGAGGUCGAGUUCAAGCAGGCUGCAAUCGCCGCCAUCUUUCUCUCGGGCUGGUUCCUCUUCGCCAACUUCAUCGUGCUUCAGAUGUUCAUUGCCGUCAUCAACGAGAACUUUGGCGUCGCUGAGCACGAAAAGCGCCAGCAGCAGCUGGAGCAGUAUCUCCGUCGCAACGAGCCGCCGCCCCCGUCUCUCACUGGACGCCUGGUGAGCAAGUUGAGCCCGUAUCGAUGGCUCAAGAGACGCAAUGCCGCCGCUUCCGAGCAUGGGCGAAGCGAUCACGGUAGCAGCGCCGGAGGACAGACAAGCAAGAUUGUCGGAGGAUCCAGGAUGGACAAGCGCUCAGAGAAGGAGAGUAAGGCACGUCCGAUGUCGAUCCAUCACGUGGUCGAAAGUUCGACCGCGACGGCGCACAGCACGAUGAACACCGUCCGAAAGCUCCUGCGUCUCGAUCAGCCAGACGAGGAAGUGCCGCUCGACAACCUGCACGCUCGUCGCUUGCGCAGCAGCAUGGACGCAGGCGAGCUUCUCAACCCCUCUGGCCUCACUCCUGCCUACGACGCCGAUCCAUCUGAUCAAGCAGCCCGUCAAUUUGCUCGCGAGCGUAGGCUGCAGAGAAUGCGCUCCGAUCUCGGCCUCGCUUCAGAGGGCAAUACUUCAAGCAAAGUCUUUCAGCCGCACUCCUACAGCGAUGCGCGCAUCCAGCAGGCUCAGUUCAUUGCUACGCACCCAUCCUACGACAAGUCGUACUUCCUCUUCUCCAACCACAACAGGUUUCGACGCUUCUGUCAGACGCUGGUGCCGCCUUCGCAUGGAGAGCGACUUUUUGGGCGCCAAGUCUCACCCUUCCGCCACAAGCUCUUCCAGAUCGCUGUCUUUAUGGGCAUCGUUGGCUCCGUGGUCUCUGCUGCCAUCGCGACACCCGUCUAUCGACGCGACUACUAUGCCAGGUACGGGCUCAUCCGCGCUUCGUGGUUUUCGAUCCUCGAGAUCAGUCUCUCGUCGCUAUUCUUUUCAGAGUUCCUCGUCAAGACGAUCGCCGACGGUCUUGCUUUUACGUCCAACGCGUAUGUGCUCAGCGUCUGGAACUCACUCGAUCUGUUCGUGUUGAUCACGCUGCUGAUCAACGUCAUCACCGAGCUUGCGGUCAUCGGAGGUGUCUCGAGAUUCACGCGAGCCUUGAAGGCGUUCCGCGCACUCAGACUUAUCAACUUGUCCGCGCUCAUGCGUGACACUUUCCAUGCAGUCAUGAUUGCUGGCGCUGGUCGGAUUCUCGACGCAUCGAUCCUGUCGAUCCUCUACAUCAUCCCGUAUGCCAUUUGGGGUCAGAACCUGUUUGCUGGCCUGCUCUACUCGUGCAAUGACGGAUCCAACAGCAUCCAGACCAAGUUCGACUGUUCUGGAGAGUACUCCAGCUCGCCCGGCAACUUCAACUUCUUGGCUCCGCGCGUCUGGGGCAACCCGACCGAAGGCAGCGUCUACUCCUUCGACGACUUCAAGGGAGCCAUGCUCAUCCUUUUCGAGAUUAUCUCGCUUGAGGGCUGGAUCGACGUCAUGACGGCCGCCAUGAGCGUUGCGGGGAGAGACCAGCAGCUGCAAAAUGACAAUCGACAGGUCAACGCGCUCUUCUUCCUCAUCUACAAUCUCGUCGGCAGCACCACCGUCUUGACGCUCUUCGUGUCCGUCAUUAUCGAGAACUUCCAGACCUUCUCGGGCGCUGCUUUCCAGACCGCAGGACAGAGGCAGUGGGUCGAUCUGCGUAGGUUGGUCAUGCGACAACGUCCGUCCAAGAGGCCGAAACGUCGCCCGACUCAGGCCGUGAGAGCUUGGUGCUACGACCGUAUGCUCAACAAGAACGGCUGGUGGAGUCGGACCAUGACCAUGGUGUAUCUGGCGACGCUCGUCACACUCAUGACGCAGCAGUAUUCGGAUCCAGCCUGGGCCAAUCAGCUCCGUGACGCGCUCUAUCUCGGCUACAUCACCAUCUACGCGUUCGACAUUGUGGCUCGUCUCUUGGGUCUGGGCUGGAGAAGCUAUCGAGAGAACCCCUGGAACUUGUAUGAUCUCUUUGUCGUCGCCGGUACCCUCGCUACGACGCUGCCGCUCCUCGCGCACACCAGCGAAAGCGGCGUCGUCGUGCAGUUUCAGAAGCUCUUCCUGACCUUGGUGGCGCUCAAGCUGGUGCAGAAGAAUCACGCUCUCAAUCAGCUCUUCAAGACGGCGUUCGCAUCGUUGCCAGCAAUUCUCAGCCUUUUCCUCCUGUGGCUCACCAUGUUCCUUGUCUGGGCCAUCAUGCUGCUCGAGGUCUUUGGCCUGACCAAGUGGGGCCCCAACGAGACGUACUCGAGGAACUUUUCGACAUUCAUCAGCUCGUUAGUCUUCCUCAGCAUGAUGUCCACGGGAGAAGGCUGGAACUCUUUCAUGCACGACUAUGUCGUUUCCCCGCCGCGGUGCACGCCAGCCGCAAGCUACCUCAUGACCGACUGUGGCAGUGAGCCGUGGGCCUAUGCGCUGUUCAUCGGCUGGAACGUCAUCUCGAUGUACAUCUUCCUCAACAUGUUCACGGGUACUGUCGUCGAGAACUUCUCGUACAUCUUUGACUUGGGCAGCAAGGCGAUCCUCACGCCUUCGGACAUCCGCCACUUCAAGAGCAGCUGGGCCACUUUCGACCGUCAACGCAAGGGGUACAUCCAGAGAGAUCAGAUCGUGCCUUUCCUCUCGUCGGUCAAGGGCGCCCUCGAGGUUGGACUGUACCCGCCAGAAUGCAGUCUGCGAUCCCUCAGGGCAGCUCUCGAUCCGGACGGCGCUUCGCAGGAUUCGAGACCAGAUGCAAAGGGCAAAGGCGCGCUCAAAUUCCUCAAGAACGCAGCAUCUGAGCUGCGGUCACCGAUGCGCGAGGGUCACGACCGGGACGGCAAAGGAGCCUUCGAGUGGCCGCAAUCGCCAUCGGUGCAGGGACACGUGCCGCAGGCAGAUGCUGAGCGUCUGGCGCAUGCGCUGUCGAUGGUCGACGCCAAGGACCUUCGCAUGCGCCGCGAACGCUUCAACCGUCUCUACCACGAAGCUAUCAUGCUGAUACGCCCGCGCAAGGGCAUCUCAUUCACCGACAUGUUCUUGCUCCUCGCACGCACCAAGCUGGUCGACGAGACCGAGGCGCUCAACGUCGAAGAGCUCAUUGAGAGGAAGGACGUCGUCGAGAAGAUUGAUCAUCAGGUGCGGCUUGAUCGGGUGCGCGGGUUGCUGCAGAUGAGCUACUGGAGACGACGUUUCUUGGCUCUGCAGGACGAGAUGCACAAGGGCGGUGAGGCGGUCCCGACGAUCCUGCUGCACGAGAGUCCAGGUCGACCGCCGAAGCCGGUGUUGUCUGCAUUGGACAUUCCGGGCUCAUCAGCGUCGGCGCAGACGAGGUCACGGCCAGCAUUGACGCUGACACCGACGCAGCCGUCACGGCACGAUCUCGAGUUGCGCGCAUCGCCCGUGAUCGAGUCGUUCGAGGCCACCGCUUGGGGCGACCUCAUGAAGAGGAUCGACGGCAGUCAGGACGGGAGUCAUGAGGGGCAUGGCGAGGCAGCUGAGAAGAAAAGCAGCGGGAAGAAGAAGGAUGGAUCGCCAUCGGUCAAGCACCGGGACGACGAUGGCUGGGUGUAG